AUGGCCUUCAACUUCAACUGGUCGCCUCUGAUGGCAGAUGCUGGAUUUUAUACACGCGCCCAAGAGUUGCUCACAGCUGCGUUGAACAAGUCGCCAAAACCUCCGAUUAUUGUGGGCGACAUCACAGUCACGGAACUGAAUUUGGGAUCUAUACCACCAGAACUCGAAAUUUUAGAGAUAGGGGAUCUGGCUGACGACCGGUUCCGUGGUAUAUUCAAAAUGUCAUAUUCUGGAGACGCAUAUCUUACUCUGAAAACCUGUGUACAAGCAAACUCGCUGAAUACCUAUAUGGUGACACGCCCUAAGUUCACCUCUCCAUGCCCACUCGCUGCAGACCAUGGCCUCACUAUCCCAUUGCAAAUAACUCUGUCGGAUAUCAAACUUUCUGGCUUUGUGGUCCUAGUUUUUUCCAAACAAAAGGGAAUCACACUAGUCUUUAGAAAUGAUCCUCUUGAGUCUUUGAAGGUGUCAUCAACAUUUGAUUCUAUUCCAUUCGUUCGAGACUAUUUACAGAGAACAAUCGAGGGUCAGCUACGCUUACUGUUUAUGGAUGAGCUUCCCGCAAUUAUCCACCGGCUAUCUCUUCGCCUAUGGGUACCAGAGCUUCGUGGGCAGGACACAGAGGUGAAAGCCGAUGAAGAGGCCGGUCCUGGCCAGGACCCUUUGCUCAGCCCUCCCCAGGAUCCUGUUGAUGCAUCAGGAAAUGUCCUGAGCGUCGCCCAGAUUGCGUCUCUCUCCCUAGACUCUGGAGUUGAAAUGCACUCUCUAUUCUCUCAGAGGAAUUUAGUUCGAUUGGCUACUUUGACUGACUCUCAACGGACACUUUCCCUCUUCACUCCAACAAUACAUGAUGUUGUUUUCAGGGCACUGACCGGAGCUAUGGAACAGUCGGAAUCUCACGGAGGCUUGAUCUCACCCGCCAGCCCUCCCCUUUCUAGGACUCACUCUCAUGUUGCGUCUCUACAUUCCUUGCAAGAGUCGUCGAUGAGCAAAUCUUCUCUGGGAUCUCCACUGAGUGGAUGUGGUCUCACGAUGGGUGCUGGCCGCCACCCAAGAACACGUCCAUCUAGGAAGCAUAAACGACGCGUUGUGGACUUGCGAAAACCCCAAAAGUUAGACGAUACUUCAAGCACAUGCACAGAUAGCGAAUAUACCGUCUCCACUGAUGCGUCUACCGUGUUCUCGUCUUCUGCCCGAGUUGGGGAGAAACCGGAUGACCCUAUAACUCCGCCGGUCUCCCCCGAUGCUACCAUUAAGGUGAAAGAUCGCUCACGGGUACCGGCUAUGCAAGGCCUAGGCCCAUCUGUUACGAACAAAGCUGGCCAGUCUACCCCGUCAGCCGAAGCUGAGAAGAUAACUCUUAGCAAUGGAGAACCUUCAUACAUUCCACAUCAAAAUACCCCUACUAUUGAGGCUCAUGAAAAAGGUGAUGAUAAUACUAUCUCCCUUAACGGAGUUCCGCCUAGCAUGCUGUCGUUUGUAGCCGUGAGCCAAGACCGAAGCAUCUUGGAACAGGCUUGGAUGAUGAAGUUAGCAAACGAAAUCAGCCGCAGAAUCCAGGAGGGUAAAGGACCUGGUAGUGUGGGUAGCAACUACUGCGGACGCCGGGACCCAUCACCACCUCCAGCUUACGGACAGUGA